AUGACGUCUCUCGAGUUGCAAACGAGCCCAUCUCGACGAGAUGAAGUCGAGGAGGUGCCAGGCACCAAAGCCGACAUUGAUCUCAUCGAGAGCGCAGGGCAUGGACGAGCAGCCACCUACGAAGAAUCUGUGGCUGCUCGUCUACCCAAAGCUCAUAGAGACUAUCUGUUGGAGCGACAUGGGACAUUGGCACUGGAUCCCAUUCCCGGAAUGGGCCCAGCCGACCCCUACAACUGGCCUGAGUGGAAGAAAAUGAUGAACCUUAUCCUUGUGGCGUUCCACGCUUGCAUGGGCACAUUCACCGCCGCCGCCAUCAUCCCUGCCUAUUCAGACAUCUCCAAAGAACUCGGCGUCAGCCUGCAAGACGCUAGUUAUUUGACUUCUUUGCAAAUUGCCAUUCUUGGAGGUGCUCCUCUGUUUUGGAAGCCUCUGUCAAAUCGAUAUGGCCGCCGACCAAUUUUCCUCCUUUCCCUCAUCUGCAGUCUUGUGUGUAAUAUCGGCUGUGCCAAGAGCACUGAUUAUGCUUCUCUCGCUGCCUGUCGUGCCCUGGUGGCUUUCUUCAUCUCCCCUGCUUCAGCAAUUGGUAGCGCAGUCGUGAUGGAAACGACCUUUAAAAAGGACCGCGCCCGGUACAUGGGUGUCUGGACCCUGAUGAUCACCCUUGGUGUUCCGAUCGGACCUUUCAUUUUCGGUUUUGUCACCUACCGCGCGGGCUAUCACUGGAUCUACUGGAUCCUGGCAAUGAUCAACGGCGGCCAGUUCAUCCUGUAUCUCUUCUUCGGCCCUGAAACCCGGUACCUGGGCAGCGGCGUAGACAGUCAAUCCGCCACCAAGAUCGAAUACAUGUCCCUGCGACGUAUUGACCCAACCCCACUCUCAUUGUACGAGUUCGUGCACCCACUAACCAUGGCCCGCCACCCGUCGAUCCUGAUCCCAACCUGCGCAUACGCAAUGGUGUUCCUCUUCGGUAGUAUUCUCGCCACCGUCGAAGUGCCACAACUCCUCCAAGAGAAGUUCGAGCUGAAUGCCGAACAACUCGGCCUCCAGUUUCUAGGUGUAAUUAUCGGCUCCGUGAUCGGCGAGCAGAUGGGCGGCGUGCUUUCCGAUUUCUGGAUGAGUCGUCGAAGCAGACGUAUUGACCGAAAAGCCGAGCCGGAGUUCCGUCUCUGGCUCAGCUAUUUCGGCUUCGCGUUGACCAUCAUCGGUAUGAUUGUAUUCUUGGUCUGCACGCAGACUUCGCCGAGCGGACACUGGAAUGUGACGCCGAUCAUCGGCACUGCGAUCGGUGCUGUUGGAAACCAGCUAGUCACUACUGUGAUGGUCACUUAUGCUGUUGAUUGUUUCCCGCAGGAGGCUGGUAGCAUUGGAGUCUUCGUCACGUUUGUGCGGCAGAUCUGGGGUUUCCUCGGUCCAUUCUGGUUCUCUGCGAUGUUUGAGAAUGUCGGUAUUGCUCCUAGUGCGGGUAUUGGAUCGGCGCUGGUCGUCGCCGUCAGUGUCAUUCCCACUAUCUUGCUGCACUGGAAGGGUCGGGUCUGGCGUAAGGAGGAGUAA